AUGAAACAAAUGUAUGAUAUUUAUAAUGAGACGCUACCACCAGUGCUGCCAUUAUCCAACAAAACUAUACGCUUUAAGGAUGUGAAUAGACGAGCAGAAAGAAAACAGCAGGACCGUCGAACAUCAAAAGAUACCUUACGUCACGCUGAAAGCCGUCGACGGAAGGAACGUCAGAUGUCACCAAAACAUUCACAGCGUAAUUUGUUUUGUUUUACAUUGAACAAUAAAUUAAGAAAAAUGUGUAUUCAGUUGGUAAAGUCAAAGGUAUUGAAUGUAAUCUUUGAUACGUAUAAUGAUCAAGAAUUUGAAUUACAAGCCUUGAGAACAUUUCGUGUUAUUCAACUUUUAAAAUUAGUUAGAGGCGUACCAAGUUUACAACUUGUUCUAAAUUCCAUCUUACGUGCUAUGUUGCCGUUACUUCAUAUAUCACUCGUGAUCUUAUUGGUUAUAAUUAUUUACGCAAUUAUUGGAAUAGAAUUAUUUCGUGGCAAACUACAUGCAACAUGUUACAAUAAUGGAACCGGUAAGUAUUCACAGUCUGUCGCUGUAAAAACUGCGUGUGUAUUGAUUUUUUCCCGCUUAAAAGAUACCCUACCUCCUGUUGAAGACGAAGAGAAGCGUCAAAAUUGUGGAAUUGACAAAGGUAACCAAUGCCCUGAUGGAGAAGAAUGUAAAGUUGUCAAAUGGCCAGGGCCAUGGUAUGGUUAUAUUAAUUUUGAUAAUAUUGGUCUUUCAAUGUUAACCGUAUUUCAAUGUAUUACAACCGAAGGAUGGACAUCAAUUAUGUAUAGAAUCAACGAUACAGUUGGUGAUACGUGGACUUGGAUUUAUUUUGUUUCACUCAUUAUUGCCGGUUCAUUCUUUGUUAUGAAUCUAGCUUUAACCGUACUCAACAGUUUUAUUUCUCCAAUAAGUGAAUAUUCUAAAGAAAGUGAAAGAGCGAAACAUCGUGGUGACUUGAAAAAAUUACGUGAAAUACAGAUGAUUGAAAAUGCGUAUAAAAAUUAUAUGACAUGGAUAAGACAGGCUGAAGUUAGUGAAAAUCAUGUGCAGCAACAGAAUGAAGCCGUCGUCAAUGGUUAG